AUGCUGGACUUGUUUGUGCGAACGUCCAAGCCUCCACCGGCACCUCUGGCAACUUCUCAGGAGAUCAGGGAUCGUGGUUCCACUUUCAUAGCCAACGCAUUUAGGGCUAGCAAUGACGAGGAGGCGCGUAAGGCCGUCAACUAUCUCAAAAAUGUGAUGCAUGGGCAGAAACGUGCGACACACGAGAUGUAUGCAUGGAGGUGCAUGGUACUGAAGCAGGGCAAGACUGGGCUGGGUGGUGAGGAAGAAUUCGAGGUGAAGCAAGGGAAUGAGGAUGACGGCGAGAAAUUCGGGAGUGCGAGGGUCAUGAAGAUCAUGCAAGCGGAGGGGGUGAUCGAUGCAGUCGUCGUCGUUAGCCGAUGGUACGGGGGGGAGAUGCUCGGUCCGGCUAGGUUUAAUCACAUCGAAAUAUGUGCCCGUGAGGCUUGUCGAGCCUUCAGGCUGCGGGAUGAGAUCGAAGAGGAAGUCGCCACACUCCGCUCACUAGAUGACAUCCUUGCAACACUUCGCUCUGAGCUGGCAGCUGUGAAGUCCCAGCCUGAAGAGGCGAAGACAAACGCCAAAAAGCCUGACUACGAUGCUCUGCUCGCCACCUCGGACGUAAACAAAGUCAGACGUCUUGUUGCUGCACGAGAAAAGGCUAUACAAAGUGUCAAGAUGUCUAUUCAGAAGUCAAAGGCUCAACCGAACAAGAAAUGA